AUGAUUCAAAAGUCACGCCCGGCGCUGCUGCAGCACCAAGAUGUCGGAGACAGGGUGGAAACGCUUAUGUUGCAGCCAGUGAUCAAAGCUUUCUUGUGUGGCUCCAUCAGUGGGACCUGCUCUACCCUCCUCUUCCAACCCCUGGAUCUCCUCAAAACCCGCCUGCAGACCCUCCAACCCUCAGCCCAUGGGUCCAGACGUGUUGGGAUGUUGGCCCUGCUCCGGAGUGUGGUUCGCACGGAGAGUCUGCUGGGCCUCUGGAAAGGGAUGUCUCCCUCCAUCGUGAGGUGUGUCCCUGGCGUUGGCAUCUACUUUGGCACGCUGUACUCUCUGAAGCAGUACUUCCUGCGGGGCCACCCCCCCACCGCCCUGGAGUCGGUCAUCCUGGGGGUGGGCUCCCGCUCCGUUGCCGGGGUCUGCAUGUCACCCAUCACUGUGAUCAAGACACGGUACGAGAGUGGGCGAUACGGCUACGAGAGCAUCUACGCCGCCUUGAGGAGCAUCUAUCACAGCGAGGGGUUCCGGGGCCUCUUCAGUGGCCUGACAGCAACACUCCUUCGUGACGCCCCCUUUUCCGGAAUCUACCUGAUGUUUUACAGCCAGACCAAGAAUGUUGUGCUUCACGACCAGUUGGAUGCAGUCCUUGUUCCCGUUGUGAAUUUCAGCUGUGGAAUAUUUGCUGGGAUUCUGGCCUCGCUGGUAACUCAACCUGCCGAUGUGAUCAAAACUCACAUGCAGCUCUCCCCAAUGAAAUUUCGGUGGAUUGGCCAGGCGGUUAUGCUCAUUUUCAAAGACCAUGGGCUGCGUGGCUUCUUCCAAGGCAGUGUCCCCCGGGCCCUCCGCAGAACCCUGAUGGCAGCCAUGGCGUGGACAGUCUAUGAAGAGAUGAUGGCCAAGAUGGGCCUGAAGUCCUGA